AGGUUCAAAUGCAAUGAGUACUCUUGACCAGCAGUGCGUGAAAUGAGCCAGGAAAUCUCCCUACAUGAACUCGACGCCCGUCGAACCGACCAAAUAUCCAAUGAAACAAAUCUAGCACCCGUGGACACCGGGUUUGCAGCAUGGUCGUUCCUCAUUUCCGCUGCUAUGGUUGAGGCGGUGGUUUGGAGUAUACCAUUCUCAUACGGUAUACUCCUGGAUGCAUAUUUGCAAGAUGCCAAAAUUACCUCCCAACCCCGAGCUUCUACCCUUCUACCUCUGGUUGGGACGCUCUCCUCUGGGACUAUAUAUUGUACCGGGGUCAUCGUAUAUCCCUACAUCGCGCGUUAUCCCGCACAUAGACGUCCUCUGAUGUGGGUUGGCACGGCUUUAUGCUGGAUUAGUUUGCUUGCGUCAAGCUACACCCAUAAGGUCUCCGAACUAGUGUUCCUUCAAGGAGUGCUUUACGGCCUCGGAGGAGCUGUUAUAUACCCUCCGUGCAUCUCGUAUAUGUCUGAGUGGUUCGUAAGACGCCGAGGCUUCGCUAAUAGUGUCCUUUUCGCCGGGACAGCAGCUACUGGCCUCGUCCUUCCCUUUGUCAUUCCCCCGUUGCUGGAAUCAGUGGGAAUUGCGGCGACACUCCGAAUUCUGUCCGGAAUGGUCCUGUCUCUUCUCUUGCCCGCCCUAUACUACAUCAGACCGCGGUUACCUGAGAGCAGGAUUCAUGGACCGGGACGUAGGACUGGCGCGCUUCUGGGUUGGGCGAAGGACCCGUCAUGGUGGAGUCUUGUGGUUGCAAAUACGAUACAGGGAUUUGCGUUCUUCGUUCCUAUUCUUUGGAUACCUACCUUCUCAUCAGCACUCGGUUUGGACAGCUCCAUGUCAUCGCUGGCGCUGGCACUGUUGAAUGGAUCAUCGGCGCUGGGGCCCGUAGUGGUUGGAUUGCUUUCUGAUCGGUUUACCCCGUGGCCGAUCGCACUCCUCACUGCAACCCUAUCAUGCAUCAGCACCUUCAUUCUUUGGGGUGUGAUUGGAAAUGUUGCAGGCCUAAUGUUAUUUGGGGCAACCUAUGGGCUCUUCGCUGGGGGAUGGAGCACUUUGUGGUCUGACUUUGUCCAGAGAAUAUCCAAAGGAGAACCUUCCGUCGCAAUGUCGCUGUACGGCUUUCUCAUGAUGACACGCGGGCUGGGGAACGUGCUCUGCACCCCAAUAUCAACUUCGCUCGCAAAUAUCUCUGGGCGAGGCAACUCUACCAUUGGAGGAAAAGGCGGAUUCACUGUGGACCAGGGUAGGUUCGAGAAGCUCAUUAUCUACGUGGGAGCAUGUUAUGCAGCCGUUUCUUUGAUGGCUUUGAUUGGAUGGCUUCGCGAGCUCUCGUACAGAGCUAGAGGAGCAUAGUGACGCCAGCGCUCUGAGUAUCACAUGGAAUGACACAGAAUAAUUGUAGCUUUCCGUGAAUCUAAGCUGAGCCCCUGUGGGGUUGCUAGUGGCUGC